UCCGACAGACACAGACACAGAAGUCCUAGUAACAGAUACAGCUUUGGCUAAGAGGAGAAAGUUUAAUUUAAGAAACCUCUACAGGACAGUGGCAAGAGUGCUCUAAUACUUCCAAAACUAACCAAGUAUAUAUAGAAGAACAAAAUUCCUCACCGGUUGGACAUUUGCUUCAAGAAAGUUUCAAAUCUUCUCCUGUUGACAACGGUAAGCCUCAACCAAAGUGGAAAUGUGGUCAUUGACAGAGAGUAAAGGAAUGUAUUUGGAAAUGUCUGGAUAGCAGAUACAUUGACCCCAGUACGCAGUUUGUGCAGCCUGCAGUCAGGAACGCUCUCUCAAAGGACACUUAUCUACUAAAGACCCGCACCAAAUUAUUGACUAGCUUAAUCCUGUCUGAAUUCAUAGAUUCUCCCAACAUGUCACAAUGUCUGGUCAGUCCAAGAGAGAAUAACUGUGUGCUUCUUGAGACCAAUGACAUUUCAUUCACAUCUCAACAAGAGGACAAUAAUAUAAAAAGCGACAAAGGAAAAAGAGACAAUAUGAAUGAGAAAAUAAAGAGGAAAACAUCUCAAUCUGUACAAAUCUUGAAUGUGCCAGGGAACCAUGACUGCAGUUUGGGCAAAAGUGAGGAAAAAGAAGUAUGUUUUACUACAGGUGGAUCGUGUAUAAAUCAGAAGGACUACUCAAGUUGUUCACAAGAGACAACUGCAUCUGACCCUGGAGCUGUUAAAGAUCUCACUAAUUCAGAUGAAGUUCUGGUCCAGUUAAAAUUUGAGGAAGGCUUCAUUAAUCGGUCAAGUGCAUUCCACUCAGGCUUGAAUCAAAACAGUGCCUUGACUGAUCAUGAAAUAAUCACGCUCAAACACGGAAAAGAGACAUCAAAAUUUAUGGAAAACUACACAAUGAACACAUCACCUGGGUAUGUAGAUGAGUUGAGUGAUGAAGUUACAUUGGAAACUCACAUAGUCCCUAAUAUAAUCCUACAAGAAAGCAAUAGUUCUCCAUUGCAAAAAUUAUCUAGUGACUUUAGUGUACAGUCACAAGUAGGAGCAGGAGAGGUACCCAAGAAAAGAAGACUUGAGUCAAAUAAAGAAGUUAAUUACAGCAACACAGAUAAUGCUGAUGAAAGAGUGAUAAUUACAGCUCCCUUGAAACAAGACCCUUCCACUGCUGUCAUUACACCACCAGCACAAAUUCACAUAUUACCUGUAGCUGAAACUAAGAUACAGAACAUGAUCUCAGAUAGCUUGGUUAGAGAUACCCCAAAGCAACAAUCAGCUAAAAGCAAAGGACCACCACCACCGGUUCCAAAGAAACCAAAAAAUCCUUUUGGUAAAGAUGUUAACCAUGCAGUAGACAAGCCUCUGCCAUAUUCUGAGCUUCUGCAGAAAAACAUCAAAAUGGGAAGAAGAGAGUCAGCAUUAAACUAUGUCUCUGAGGACUUUGACAAGUUGCCUACAGAUCUUGACAUGUCUUUUUGUUCAGACACAUUAGACUUACCAUCAUAUAUGUACAUCACACGGGGGGUUGUUACCAGUUUUCAGCCUAAAGUAGAUAUUCCUACAAUUUUUCCAAAUUUAGAUGAAAUAAGACAUGUAUUAGAAAAAAAGGCAAAAAUUAAAGGCCCUCCACCACCAGUACCAAAGAAGCCACUAAAUCCAUUUGUUGCCAGUGAGAGAGACAAUAUCUUACCAAUCAGUGUCUCAAUUUUUAAAGACACAGCAGGCAUUUUAACAUAUGAAAGUUCUGACUACAAACCAUAUAUUUGCAGAACUGUGCAUGAUGAGGAUAAAAAAGCAAUCUUUGCUACAGACAGAGACAAUUUUCCAGUUACUUAUAGCAACUCCGAUACUUUGGAUGACAAUGUUUUUUUCAGACCAGAACUUAUUAGACAAGACAGGACACAUAAAAGCAGCAGUGCUAAUGCUGAAAACGAUAACAUUAAAAUAUUGGAAAUGAGCAAAACGUCUGACGUCAAAAAGCCUUUUUCUUGUCAAAUGGAAAAGAGACUGUCCCCAAAGAAAGAGAUGAUCAGGCGUGUGGUUCGGCAGAGCAAAUUCCGCCAUGUUUUUGGCCAGGCGGUGAAAAAUGAUCAGUGUUAUGAUGACAUCAGGGUGUCACGGGUCACCUGGGACAGUGCUUUUUGUGCUGUUAACCCCAAAUUUGUUGCCAUCAUUGUGGAUGCCAGUGGGGGUGGAGCCUUUAUUGUCCUCCCUCUUCAAAAGACAGGUCGUAUCGAUAAGGCUUACCCAACUGUCUGUGGACACACAGGCCCUGUGCUGGACAUUGACUGGUGCCCUCACAAUGAUCAGGUCAUUGCCAGUGGAUCUGAAGAUUGUACUAUAAUGGUGUGGCAGAUCCCAGAGAAUGGACUCACUACUCCACUUUCAGAGCCUGUUGUUGUGUUAGAGGGACAUUCCAAGCGUGUUGGCAUUGUGACAUGGCACCCCACAGCCCGUAACGUUCUCCUCAGUGCUGGAUGUGAUAAUGUGAUUAUAAUUUGGAACGUGGGCACUGGUGAGGCACUCAUUACACUGGAUGACAUGCACCCAGACAUGGUCUUCAGUGUUUGCUGGAACCGCAAUGGCAACCUCAUCUGUACCGCCUGCAAGGACAAGAAAGUGCGCGUCAUUGAUCCGCGCAAGGCCAAGAUAACCGCAGAGAAAGAUAAAGCUCAUGAGGGUGCACGGCCUAUGAGGGCGAUCUUUCUUGCUGACGGCAACAUCUUCACUACUGGCUUUAGCCGCAUGAGUGAGAGACAACUGGCCUUAUGGAACUCGAAAAACAUGGAUGAGCCAAUUUCUGUACAUGAGAUGGACACCAGCAAUGGCAUUCUACUUCCCUUCUAUGACCCAGACACUAACAUUGUCUACCUGUGUGGAAAGGGAGACAGCAGUAUCCGCUACUUUGAGAUCACAGAUGAAGCACCAUAUGUUCAUUACCUUAACACCUUCUCCAGCAAAGAACCACAGAGGGGCAUGGGCUACAUGCCCAAAAGAGGCCUAGACGUUAAUAAGUGUGAGAUUGCCAGGUUUUAUAAACUUCAUGAGAGGAAGUGUGAGCCAAUUAUCAUGACUGUCCCAAGAAAGUCAGACCUGUUUCAGGAUGAUCUGUAUCCGGACACAGCUGGACCAGAUUGGGCCUUGGAAGCAGAGGAGUGGUUUGAAGGCAAGAAUGGUGAUCCUAUCUUAAUUUCCCUUAAACACGGCUAUGUCCCUGGCAAGAAUCGUGACCUCAAGGUGGUCAAAAAGAAUGUUCUGGACAACAAGUCACCCAAGAAGAUGGAGGAGACAUCAGCUAUUCAAAAGCCUGCCUCUCCUCAGCUCAUUAGAAAAAAUGAAGUUAAGUUGGAGGAGCUGCUACGAGAAGUGAAGUCUCUUAGAGAUCUGGUGACAAUUCAGGACAGGCGAAUCACCAAACUCGAAGAACAGGUGGCCAAAGUGGCAUUCUGAGGCUGUGCUACAGGUCUGAGUCACCAUAUCAGAAUAUGAAGAGAUACAUUUCAGAGGGCCAGUCACUGCCAAAAAAAUCUAAAUUCAACUGAUCAUUCCUCUUGCUGUUUUGUUCUUGUGACUACGACUUGAAGCAACAUUCCAAAAGGAACAUUUUCAUCUUGCCUCCCCUGAACAUUUAUUAACAAAAAAAAAAAAAAAAAGCUUAAUUUUGCUUUGUGUUGUGUUUUUUCAUGGUGGAGUGGGUUUAUCUGAUAAAGAUUUCAGAUUUUAGAUUUCA